GUUAUAACUAGUUUGCUUAUAAUGACAUCAGUUUUGAUUCCUAUUCAAUUGGAUUUAGACUUGGAUCCUGAGAACCAACCAAGCACAGAGAAGCCAGAAAGCAUAAAAGAAGCAAUUGUAAAGAAGUUACGUGGAACCGGCGUUCUACAUGAUGAAUAUGUGACGUUUGGGCUUUCAAAGCACUACGACAAAAUUAAAACGUUGAUUGAAUGUUUGCAUUAUGUUGAUGGUGCAUUAGUGGGGCAGGGGGAGGAUUAUAUAGCGUCCCAUGAUGCAGCGUUGAAAGAAAUAUUUGAAGACGCGCUGGGGGGGUUGAGAAGCUUUGAAAAGCCGCCAAAAGUGGAUCAAAUUUUGGUUGCAGUUUAUGGUGUAAGUUGCAUGAAGUAUGAAGACUUCAAGCAUUGGUUGAAAAGUAUUCGAGGAAAACAACACAUCGUAUCGGAAGCUCUUCAUACAGCGUGCUUCCUUCUUAACCCAGAGUAUGACGGGUUUUCAGCUACAUUUUCACGUCUCCCUAAUUCUGCAUGGAGAGACAUGAUGAUCAAGAAAAGAGAAUUGAUGAAACAAUUUCUCUCUUAUUUGUUGCCACUUGAAUCAAAAUCACCGGUAAAAUUUUAUGAAUUCAUUCGCCAACUUUCUAUUGAGUUGGGUGCAUCAGAUAUUGAAGAAAAAGCAAAUAAAAGAUUGGCCAACCAAAUCACUACAAAGGAAGAACAAGGAAAACUACAUUGCUUGCAACAGACAAUGCAUUACAAAGACUCAGAUACUGAGAAUGACGGCAGUAUUUACGACAGACCCCGGGACCCCCCCGGACAACGCAGCGUUUACAUUCCACCGGGUGAUGCUGCGAUGGAAUCUUACAGACUCAGCACUUUCAUGAAAUAUCCACAAGAUACUCCAGUAAACCCACGACAUCUGGCAGCUGCUGGCUUCCAUUAUACUGGCUACAAGGACAGGGUCAAGUGCUUCUGUUGCGGACUUUGCGUUGAAAGCUGGUGUGUUGGUGAUGAUGUUAAGUCUCCGCGUUGGCACAGAAGUAAUUGUGAGUUCAUACUUGGACAAGAUUGUGGAAAUCAACCGAUUGGUGGUUUGUUCGGCAACUUUAUGCGACCAUCUGGUUCAACUGGGGCAGGAGGGGAUUUAUUCCGAGACUUUGGCAGGCAGGGCUCACAAAAUAUCUCGGUGCAACAAACGGCGCGCCCUGUGCCUGCUGGUAUGAUAAUGAAGAGUGGGCCAAACCAAAGUACGCCGAUGCAAACAGCACGUGUUGUGGAACCAACAAGACCAGCGUCGCAAUACCAGAGAGUUGAGCUUGCCACCAUAGCUUCUCCAUAUCAUGAACAACUUGUUAGAAGUCUUGAUUUACGCAAAGAAUCCGACAGAUUUAAAACGUAUGAGAACUGGCCUGCACAGAAUCGAACAGUGUACGCAAGUGAUUUGGCUCGUUCAGGCUUUUUUUACCUCGGUAAUUUGGAUCGAGUCCAGUGUUUCUCAUGUGGAGGAGUGUUGCGCAACUGGAAUUAUGGGGAUAAUAUUACAGCUGAACACAGGAGACACUUCCCUCAUUGCAGGAUGGUGCAAGGAACAGAAACAAGGAACGUAGCAUCAGCUGUUCCCCCCCCACAACCCAUCCCUCCUCGUGGACCAGGAAUCCAAGAACCUCCGGAUCCCAAUGAGACUGAAAUGCGGGACUUGAUGAAUAUGUUCCGAUGCCAAUACCCUGUAAGUCCUUACAUGAGAAACGAGGAAAGCAGGUUUGAAACUUUUGAUCAUCGUUGGCCAGCAAGUAAUGUUCGUGCAUCACCAAGACAAAUAGCAAAAGCUGGAUUCUUUUUCCUUGGUGACCGAGAUCGUGUAAAGUGCUGGUAUUGUAACGGAGGUUUACAGAACUGGGAUCCAGAUGAUGAACCAUGGACUGAACACGCAAAGUGGUUUCCAACAUGCGAAUUCUUGUUGCAACGAAAAGGACCAGACUUUGUUCACCGAAUGGUUUCUCUUUAUCCCAACUUACCCCGCCCAAUACUUCGGGGUCCGUUUGACGUUCCCCCACGUGUGCCGGGGGCAAACCAGCGCGCCCCAUCACCCCCACCCCCGAUUAUUGACCACAAGGCUGAGGUAGCAAAACAACAGGAACAAGUCAACAAAUUCAUGCUUGGUGAUUUAGUGAAGUCAGCCACUGAGAUGGGAUUUGAAACUUCUGUUAUACGACGUGUAGUGACAAGGCGACUUACUUCGGGAGGAAACUUGUACACGUCAGUUGCUGAUUUGGUUGAUGACAUCACAGCUAAUGAGAAUGAGCCGAACAGUGACGAUGAUGAUGAAACAAACGCUUCUCAACCAUCACAAACAACCACUGUUAAAACACCAGGAACAAACGAAAUGGAGACCGGUCAAACAGAAACAGCAACUGGAGGAGAAAGGACCAAUGAAUCAAUGGAGACAGAGAUAAGCAUUCCACCAGAUGUAACUCCCUCAAUGGAGGCAAGGAUAAGAGAAUUACAAGAAGAAAGAAAAUGCAAAAUAUGUUUGGAUAAAGUUGCCGACAUCGUGUUUGUGCCGUGUGGUCAUCUGUGCACUUGUACAGAGUGCGCUGAAGCGUUACGCAAAUGUCCGAUUUGUCGUAGCAAGAUUGAGAGAGGAAUUAAAACUUACAUGUCUUAAGAUAUCGCAUUUAUGCAGCAGCUUGAAGGGAAGAGUUGUGUUGUGAAUGCAACGUGUGUGCCAUAAUGUUAUCUAUGUUCUGUGUUUGAAGUACAACCAUUGAUUUAGUAAUUGAUACUCAUGAUCGUCAUGAGGAGAUUUCGUGUUGGAACGGAUUAUGUGCUUCAGCGCUCCUGUGAAAGAAUUGAAGAAAAAGAUUACAUGAUUAACCUGAAAAACAUAUCAUAUGAUUAACCUGAAGAACAUUCAUCAUAUGAUGAAACCUGAACAAUAUGAUCAGAUGAUAAACAUUACAUGACACAGAUCACAUGAUGGAAUCACGAAACUUGUUGCUCAUCAUCACAAACUUUAUUUCUCUUCAUCCAACUAAGUUUGCGAAAAAAAUCUUUAAGUUUGGAUUAUUUUUUCGUUUAUUAAAAUUUUUAAUUUAAAAUAAUUUUCUUUAAAAUGGUUUAAACCAUAUUCUCGUAAACUUAACUUUCUGAGUUUGCAAGUUACAACUAACAAUUUUUGUGUAAACUAAUUCCUGUGUUUAUUAUUCACUAAUUACUUUGUCUAACCAGUUGUAUACCCCCAAUUUUCCCAUGUUUUGUCCAUAGUCAACUACGUUCAUAUAUACGCUUGCAUUAUAUAUAUAUACUAUAAUUGGAUCCCAUAGAUAUCCCAUCUCGGGAAUGUACAUUGCAUCUACCCGGACCUUAUAUCAAAUAUUUAGACGACAUUUUAUGCGACAGUGAAUAUUUGAGGUUGGCAUUAAAUGAAUCCUAAAACCUCAACUCACGUAGUCACUAAGAUUGGUCCGUUUGUAAAUUUCGGAUGCGCCUAAAAUUUUUUCCGCUAAACCAACACAUAAUAACUUUGUAGUCGUAUUCAAAAACUAUGGAUGUUUUAAUGCUUCGUGAAAAUGGGAGUUGAAUUUUUGUUAUCAUUUGUCAUCUUAAUAUUGAUUGCUUCAUAAAAUGUUUACAUUCUGUUUGCAACACUUCUACAACCUGUUUAAUUUUCCACUGACUUGCUGAUCGAUGUAAAUAAUAAUUCAUGUCACAGUAGUUUGAAUCUUAUGUUGUUUGUGUCGUAACAAUUGUUUAUUUUGAUGUUCAUCGUUAUUUCUUCAAACAUUAUGAUUGACACUGAACCAUCAACUGUUUAUUACGACCCCAUAUCUUAUUAUGCUCGUAUCAUAAACAUAUGAUUGUUUACCAUAUGUGAAGCUUGAACAAUGUUCAAAGGCAAAUAUUGUAGUAUGUUGUCGCCCCUAUAUCUGCUCCUAUAUCCCCUAUAUCUGUCGCCCCUAGAUAUGCUUUUCAUAACGAACGUUUGUAUCUUUAACUUCUGUACAGUUUCACAUUAAUUUGUUGGUUGUAACUUGCAGACUGGAAAGGGUUGGGCUGCAUAAAUGCGAUAUCUAUGUUGGCUGGUAACAUUGUGUUACCAGCAAGCAUUGUACAUAGUGUGUAGUAGUAGUAGUAGCUUGGUGUGAUAAUGCUCAAAUUCAAUUUAAAAUUCUUUCACACUUAAAAAUAUUUUCAAUUGAAUUUUAAUUAUAUGAUCGUAUAUUCGGAUAAAUUGCUUAAUAAAACAACCAUGUUUAGCA